AUGCUUCGAAGAGACUCAAGACACCAAGAGCCCAACUUCAUCAAUCUCAAGGGCUCAACUGCAUAUUUGCGGCUGCUAAAGUGCGGUUGCGAAACAUGUUGUGGGUUGGCAUGCUGGGCUGUUGUCGGGGUCAAGUCGGGCCAACGGGUCAUCAAGAUGACCGGCAUAAGCCGCGUUGCCGCCCUCGUCGCUAUACUCAUCCAGCUCCCUUUCGUCCAGAGAAUAUGGAUUCUGUUAAAAUUGGGUCUCGCGAUUGGCAGGGUUUUGCAGCCCCUUAGCGACUUCACUUCAUACGAAUGCCGCCGGAUCCAGGACCCGCUUCUUCAAGCGUGCGAGGACUUGUGGUUAUCCGAAGCGACUCGGCAGCUUUUCCUCGCUUGUUCCGAUUCAGACUCCCGGACCAAAUGGAUGCCCAAUGAGGCGAAGUUUGAAUUUGCUGAGCGGUCAACCCGAGAUGCGAUCAUAGUCAUGGACUUAGAGACUCUAGAAUUCAAGUCAACUUCCAUGUCGGAUUUUCCAGGAACCGCAGGCGACGGGAUCAUAAACUUUACAGGCUUUACGGCAGUAGAUGUGGAGGGCGGUGCUGUCAAGUUCUUCGUCACAAAUUUCCGACCUUCGCUCGACAGCGGUGGUGAGUUCGUGCCAGUUCAGGCCGUCGUUGGUGGCAACGCUACACUUGAGGUUUUCAAGCUUCUUCCGAACACGGAUAUUCUGCAGCAUGUACGCACAAUCGCAGAUCCUGCUGUUGCAACACCGAACAGGGUGGCCGUUGCGGAAGGCCAAGGGUUGUACCUCACCAACGACCAUGGGCAGUACAGGACAGGCUGGAGAACUAUGCUCUCGCCGAUUCUCCUCACAGGAGAUGUCACAUUCUGCCCGCAAGACUCCUCCAUCCCGUGCAGGAUUGUCUCGGAAGGCUACGGCUAUCCAAAUGGUCUGAUUCGAAGUCGAGUAGACGGCCUGAUUUACGUUCCUCGAUCCGCACAAGGCGGAAUCACUGUGCUUCGGCCAACAGCAGACAACUCGCUGGAGAUCGUGCACGAAAUAGACCUGCCCUACGUGGUUGAUAAUCUGUCUGAGGAUCAAGACGGAUUCUUAUGGGCAGCUGUGAUACCAAGGGGUAUCGAGAUUAUGAAACAGUCCAACGAUCCGCAUAAAUACUUUCCGUCUUCGACUAUCUUCAAGAUUUCUCGGGAAGAUGCGGGUAGAUUCGUAACGGAGAAGGUGCUGGAAGACAGAGAUGGAAGUGUUUUGCCAGGAACUACGACUGUGGUUCAUGAUACGAAAACCAGGAGAUUAUUCUUAGGUGGUGCCUUUUCCCCUUUCAUCACCAUUUGUGAUGCUGUAAAAUGA